UGUUUUGCUGUGUCAAAAAACCAAUUUUAGCUGAAAUCCGUGAGCGUGAUUGGUGCAAUGUGGUGACUUGUCAUAUGGAUACUCCAAGAGCAUAUGUGUGGCGUCUUCAGAACUUCGUCCUUGGGGAACAUAUAUUAACACCAUGCCCAGAAAACCCAACACCUGUUAAGUCCUGUGCCAUCAGCGCCUGUGCUAACUUUGCUGUUCUAGGAAUGGAGGUUGGUUGGAUUGAAAGAUUAAUCUUCAAUCUGGAAUCAGCCGAGGCGGUUAUGUGGAUAUUUCUGAAGCAAGAAGUUGUGCUCAAUAUGGAGAAGUAGUUGGAGUUGCUUGCGAUGCCACAAAUAGUCUCAUGAUAAGUGCAGGAUAUCAUGGUGAUAUAAAGGUGUGGGAUUUCAAGGGACGUGAACUGAGAUCAAGAUUGGUAGUUGGUUGCCCUGUCGUCAAAUUUGUCUAUCACCGGACAAAUGGUCUUUUGGCAACUGUAGCAGAAGAUAUGAUUCUCCGUUUGUUUGAUGUUGUGGCGUUACGGAUGGUUCGUAAAUUUGACUGUCAUACAGACCGUGUUACUGACCUAUGUUUCAGUGAGGAUGGGAAAUGGCUUUUAUCUUCAAGCAUGGAUGGAAGCCUUAGAAUUUGGGAUGUUAUUUUCGCAAGACAGAUAGAUGCAAUGCAUGUUGAUGUUUCUAUCACGGCGUUAUCUCUGUCACCGAAUAUGGAUAUCAUUCUGUGCAACUUUUUUUUUUUUUAA